AUGGGCUCGGCCUGCUCAAAUCAAGCUGGGCAUAAGGCGGACCCGGCCCAAAUCGAGCAGAACCGGGCGAUCGAGAAGGAGCUGAUGACCGAGCGCAAGAAGAAGGUGUUGAAGCUGCUGUUGCUAGGUCCCGGCGAGUCUGGAAAAAGUACAACGCUCAAGCAGAUACGGAUCAUCCACGACCAGGGCUUUUCCGACGACGAGAAGGAGCAUAGGAAAUAUAUUAUUUAUCAGAAUCUUCUAACCGGUUGUGUCGACUUGGCGAAAGCGAUGGAUGAGCACAGGAUAAGCUAUGAGAUGCCCGAGACUUAUGACCUUUCCCAAAACAUCAUGCGCUACUUGGAAGAGAACAAGAACAACGAGCGUGUCCUAUUGACGGAAACGAUUGCUGACCAGAUUGCCAGGUUCCUGAUGGACCCCGCCGUUCAAAAAGCACUCUACCGUACCCCAGAAAUUAGCAUCGAUGAUGCUGGUGUAUACUUUAUGCAAAAUCUGGAUCGCGUCCGAGAACCGGAUUACCUGCCAACGACAGAUGAUAUCCUGAAAAGCCGUGUCCCCACCACUGGCGUCAUCCAAUUCUCAUUUAUCAUCAAGAAUUUUGUAUUCAGAGUCUUUGACAAUCGAAUGCGCGACUCGAUCGAGCUGUUCAGCCAGAUCUGCAACAACCAGUGGUUCGCCGACACGGCCAUGAUUCUCUUCCUAAACAAAAUUGAUUUGUUCGAGGAGAAAAUAAAGGUGUUUCCGAUUACGGUAGCGUUGCCGCGGUAUAAAGGAGAAAUGGAGUACCGCCCGGUGUUGGACUACAUCACCAAGAAGUUCAAGCAGCAGAACAAGAAUCAGAAACGUACGGUAUAUCAUCAUGAGACGUGUGCGACGGAUACAAGCCAAAUUCAGGUCGUCAUCGAUUCCGUUAUUGACGUCGUCAUUCAACAAACCAUGCAAAAAGUCGGCAUUCAA